GACAUUAGAAACUGAAGAAGAAGAAGAAGAAGAAGAAGAAGACCAAGAAAAAUAAGAUUUCAUCUUUGAGACAAGAGUGACGCGAAGCCGAAAUUUGACCUGAAUCUUUUCGAUAAUCUCGAUUUUGCUCGAGAGUCUGUGGUUGUCCAUUGUGUGCUGUUGUUUGUGCUUCAGCAUGGCGGUCGUCAUCCGUUUACAGGGACUGAGAGUCACAGCAGGCUCUGAGGAUAUUCGCAAAUUCUUCACUGGCCUCAAAAUUCCAGAUGGAGGGGUACAUAUAAUUGGUGGGGAGCGAGAGGAAGCGUUCAUUAUCUUUGCUUCAGAUGAAGAUGCAAGAAGAGCCAUGACACGGUCAGGGGGGUGCAUUCAGGGUUCACCUGUUGCAUUGCUACUGAGUAGUAAAACAGAGAUGCAGAGCAUCCUUGAAAGAAGUACAAAAAAUGUAGAGCUAGAUCAAAAGAGGCGACACGAGGAGAAUGCAAGAUGGGCUAGAAGAUCUGUGGACCCUGAGGUGGGCCGGAGAUCAGGUAGCAGAUCGGGCCAUACCCCUCCUCCCCAACACCUGAGGGCUUCAAACACUGAUGACUACUUGCGUGUGUUUCUAAAAGGAAUGCCAUUCUCUGUGACUGAAGCGGAUGUCCGUGACUUUUUUGGUGGUUUACUUGUUGAUGAAAUAGUCUUGUUGAAAAAUGCACAUGGUGUAAAGAACGGGAAAGGUCUCGUCAAAUUUGCAACAAGAGAGGAUGCAUAUGAAGGCCUGAAGAGGGAUAGGAGAUACAUUGGGUCAAGGUAUGUGGAGGUUUCAACAACAACCUUAGACGACUGGCGUCGGGCUACUGGUAACGUGUCAAUGGCUGUCAACACGGAUAACAACUUUGGAAGGGAGAGAUCACCUAUUCGCAAUCAGAGGAAUCCACAAUAUCCAAGGUCACAGUCACCUUUGGCCCAAAGGUCCAUUGCUCCUUCUGACGAUGAGUACUGCGUUCUGUUGGAAAAUUUGUCGUAUGCAGUGGAGAAAGAAGACAUUAAAAAGCUUUUUCGUAAUGCAAAGCUCGAGGAUGACCAGAUCCUGCACUUAAUUGACGGUGAUGGUAGAAGAACUAGAUCCUCAUUUGUGCUCUUCAAGAGUCUGCGUGACUAUUGUGAGGCUUUGACCCACGAAAAAAGGCAGUUUCUCAACCGAUGGGUUUUUACCCGCCCGAUCUCAAGAGAGAAAAUGAUCGCCCUUCUGGAAUCUCAGAGCAUGGAUGAUAAACCUCCUGGAAGCCCGGAAAGGUUUCAGGAGAGGCCUCCAUCUUACCCCAAUGAUGCUUAUGACUCUGAGAAAGUGUGUCUGUUUGUGCGAAACCUGCCAUUUGAUGUACGGAAAGUUGAGAUCAUGGACUUCUUCCUUGGGUUUAAUAUUACAGAGGACAAGGUGUUCGUGCUGCAUGACCAUAAAGGUGCUGGGGUGGGAAAGGCUUUGAUUCUCUUCCGGUCUGAGGCAGAGGCUAUGAGUGCACUCUCUCUCAAUGGACAACGGUUUCUUGGGUCAGAAGUCAUACUGAAAUGCAUAUCACGUUCUCAGAUGCGGCAGUUGGGUGUUGAGCCACCAUUGGUGCAAGAGACAAUUGUGCAAGAGACACUGCCAAGAGAGGAGCAGUACUCAGGCAGGAGCAGCGAGGCAUCCUAUCGGCCUGGUGACACAGAGUACCCUGACUUUAGGAUUUCUCGUGAUGGUAACGGACCGAUGACUAAUGUACAGGCCAAUAGCCACGGAGGUUAUGAUUACGAGCCCUAUGCAGUAGGCCCUUACGCUCCACAAGACAGAGGUAAUGGCGUUCAUGGGGGUUUUGGUCCUUCAGUGCAGCAUCUUGAUGGUCCCACCUGUGUGAAGCUACUUAAUUUGCCAUUCCAAAUCAGAAGCGAAGAAAUCUAUGACUUUUGCUAUGGAUAUCGCAUUAUCCCUGGAUCUGUCUCACUGCAGUACGACCAGAGUGGAAAACCCAGAGGCUCUGCAACUGCAGUAUUUGAGUCCCGUCAGGAGGCGUUAACAGCAGUUGAGGAACUGAGUGGAAGACCAAUAGGUCCAAGGAAAAUACAGCUAACACUUGUGUGAAAGUGACAUUGCUUUCCAUGGUACCUUACAUGCCCUUGUAGUGUGGUAUAUACAUAUACACAAUGUUGAUUGAAGCAAAGUGGAUUUAAGGAAGGUGAUUGCCUUUUUUUCCUUCCCUUUUUGAUUAAUGUGGCAUGGCUUUAUAUAAUUGGGAAUACAGUAAAGGUUUUUUUUUUUUUUUUCCUAGCUGCAAAAAAUAUAUUUGAUUAGGCAAUAUGGUUUGUCUACUACUUAAUAUGGGUUUUGUAUGCAAUGCUCAUCUUAGUUAAAUAUUCUGUUUUUGUUUUUUCAUCAAAAUAUUUUUGUAUAAUUCAGCUUGCAACACUGGAGAAAUGUAUGUAAAUUUAAUUUUACUAUCUGUGGCUAUUGUGAAAAGUGUGGCUUUUAUAAAAACACUUACCUUUGAA